AUGUCUCGACGAGCUACAGCCAGCUCAUCACGAAAAGAACGAGUCGAACGUUCGUUCUCAAGUUUUGCGAACGCAAACGCGGCACGAUCGUCCGAACGAUCGUGCGAUAAGGAAUUUAAUUAUCUUUUACAAGAUCCUCAAGCCCUUAACGCCGAGUCCGUUCGUGAGCCAGGUCAUUUUGCAGCUGUUCCGUUACACGGUUCAGCUCUUGAUCAUCAAGCUAAUCCUACCCUCGAGCCGGAUCAGGUGUUCCCGCCGCCGCCACAUCCUUUGGUGGACUCAAGCGGUGGUCAACGCUUCCUAGUGGAGCGCAUUUUGAGCCAACGCGAUGUGAAGGGCGUCCGGACGAGCUACCUCGUCCGCUGGCGUGGCUAUCCAUGGGCGUGGGACAGCUGGGAGCCUCGUGCCGAGCUGAUUGUUGAUGUCCUGGGUCUCGUCGAGCAGUAUGACGAGACCCACCCGCUGCGUUCGAAGAAGGGCCGUCGGAAAACGACCUCCUCGAACGCGAAUACAGGGAUUGCAAGUUUCAAUCCCUUCGGCCAUCUCGAAAGAGAUGUGCGCCCUCCAGCAGGGAUCAUUAGGAAGGAAGUCCUUCCUAGGGGCACGGUUGCGUUUCUUAAACCUGAUGCGAGCUGCAUCAAGUUUGGCGAGCCAGGCCUCACGGCCAAUGAACUUGAUGAUAUAGGUGAGGGCGUUCCAUCCUUGCACCAAGGCUUUUCCGUCUCGAACACGGUUGCCAUUGUACCACCGACGUUUGAAAAACGCAUCGGUGAAGAGCUCUUCCCCAGCACGGAUAGUUUCCGUGCUGGAAUCGAAGGGCAAAUCCUCCUGCAAUCGAACAACGGGAUUCGAUCCCGUUCGGUAGUCAUGCCGGCCAACCGGUCCAACUGCUUGGAUGACGGCUUUUAA